AUGUCGACCAGCUAUCGUAUGGUUACAACAACUACGCAUACUUCUUCAUCACAUCAUGGUGGAGGUAAGGAGAAAUUAGAUUUCUAGGCUUGUAGUAAGAGUUAGGCUUACUGGAAAAGUUACACCACUUAAUCACCAAAACUUCUUAACACCUACUUACCUAAUGCAGUGAUUUAGGAAAUUUAAAAAAAAAGGUUUUUUUAACGUUAAAAAAACCAAAAAAGUUACCAUUUUCUUAACACAUUUGAAAUGUGUUAACAUUUGAAAUGUGUUAAGAAAAUGGUGAAAAAAUAAAUAAAAAUACCGUUCGUGAAUCACGUUAACGUUAAAUAAUGUUUUUUACUCCGCGAAUCACUCCACAAAAUUACAGAAGCUCACCUCCAUGCCGCUGAUGACUUUGUGCGUGCCACCGAAAAAGAAAAGGUCGAGAUGCAAGGUCUUAACUCCCGCCUUGAGGUUUACAUCGGACGUGUUAAGCAACUCGAAGAGACCAACAAACAACUCGUCAUUGAACUCGAUCAAUUGAGAGGUUCACUUGGAAGCGACGUUGGACAAAUCAAAUUCAAAUUCAAUGAUUCUUUGAGCAAGGCUAGACAAGAUAUCAUCGAUGCUGCCACUUCAUCAAUCAACAUUGAAGUUAGAGUUAACAGACUUCGUGACGAUUUGAAUGAUUAUCGCAACAGAUAUGAGGAGGCUCGCAGAGAAAUCGAUAGAGAGAAGACAUCUUGGGGAGGUGCUAUUGCUCAAGCUACCGCUGAACUUGAAAACAACAAAUCUAGAUAUGCGGCUAUUUUGGACGAGGAAAAGCGAUUGUAUGGAGAGCAAGAGAAUCUUUAUGCCCAACUUGCGUCGGCGAAAGAUGAACUUGAUGCGGCGAUUGCUGAUAGACUUCGUCUUCAACAUCAAGAAGAGGGGCUUCGCACUGAACUUGAAUUCCUUGGAAGAGUUCACUCGCAAGAAAUCGCCGAGCUUCGCAAUUUGCUUUCGCAUGCUCCAGCUGAUACUCGCGAAUUCUUCAAGACUGAAUUGGCUCAAGCUAUCAGAGAUAUCAAAGCGGAAUACGACAAAAUCAUCCAAACCACCAAACUUGAUUUGGAGACCAUCUUCCAAAGCAAAAUCGACGCGAUCGAAGCGUCGGUUAGCACAAGAACUGAUGCUGCGCACUACAGACAAGAGGAGAUCAUCAAGAUGAAUUCGAGCAUCACAUCGCUUCGCGCUAAAUUGGCUGAACUCGAAGCCAAGAAUCACGAACUCGAAAGAGAGGCCAACUCAUUGAACAUUCAACUUGGCGAUGAUCAAAGACAAUAUGAGCAAGAAUUGUUGAAGCGCGAUAAUCAAUUGAGAUUUAUGCGCGAGGAUUGUCAGACACUUAUUGCUGAAUUGCAGUCGCUUCUCAACACCAAACAAACUUUGGACACUGAAAUCGCCAUUUACAGAAAAUUGGUCGAAUCAGAAGAGAGCAGGUUAGUGAGAUCUCACUUCUCGAGAAGGGGCGGGUAACUAUGUAUGUACAAAAAAAAAACAUUUGAAGAUUUGACCAUAUCGGAGAAAUCAACACCAGGUAAAAUAAACCAAGCUUAAAUCACACUCGCACAGCUUUACACACACACACAAGAGCUUAGCACUCACAUCUUUUUAAAAAACUCACAAAAAGUUUGAGUUUUCCGGACAAGAACAACAGCAGACAACUACCACUACAACAAGGUAUGGUAGUAUUCAGAGCUGGGAAUUUUUACGUUUUACGGUUUCACGGUGCCGCGUGAAAAUUUCCCAGGUCUGGUAGUUUUGAAAAAAGUGAUAAAAUUUUAUACAGAAUUGGACAAGGUGUUCAACCACAAACUACAGUGGAACAUGGGUAACUUAGUAGAUUAGAGAGUAGAUCUAGAAUUCUAGUAGACGUAAAAUUAAUGUGUCUUGAAGAAUUACACCGGGUACACCUGGAGCAGGUUAUGUGAGCAGCACUUUUGCGAGCACCAGCACUCCAGUUGGUUAUGGGGUCAGACCACUUGACUCAACUUCGAGAUAUCAGCAGACUGGGUUGGUUAGCUAGAGAGUACAUAAUGUAGAUAGACUAACUUGGGAAGUUUCAGAGGCGGUGUUAGCCAAGGAUAUACCACUUCUACAGGGUAUGUUGGUAGAUAGCUAGAGUAGAGUAGUUAUGAUAAGUUAAUAAAAAACAACUUCAGAGGCUCGCAUGGUGUUAACCAAGGAUAUACCACGUCUACAGGGUUUGUUCUAAGUAGAGUCUAGUUUACAUAUCCUGAUACAUAGGAGUGAUUACAGAGGUUCACACAGCCAAACUGCUUCUGGAUAUGGGUCCACAGGGUUUGUGUAUAGCGUAGAACUUGUAGUCUAGAAACUUGUAGUCUAGAAACAUGAAAUCUUUUUAGAGGAACCUAUGGGAAUUUUAAAAUCGGUGACCCAUCAAGAUAUGAGGUCAGAAACGUCUCAUCCUACGGUGGACCGCUAUCCGGGUCUUCCGAAAUCGAAUAUAAGACGGGGUAUGUUCUGUAGUAUAGUAUAUUAUAAAAUCACAACUGGAAUUUUCUAGCAUUGCUCAUGUGAAUAUUGGAGGUGGAGCUGGAAGAGGAACAGGGUUUGACUAGAUUAGGGUAGAUGUCUGCACAUAGAAAAAAAUGAGAAAAAUUUGCUUUUGACGCGAAAUUACGACCAAAACCCUCUGACCGCACGCUGACCCUCGACUCCGCCCUCUUUUUCUCUCUCAAAACUGCAAUUUUGCGGCGCACUUUUUAUUUUCCUUUGAAAAAUGUUGGAAUUCUAGAACAUUCUUCUGCGUCUCUCACCCCUUUUCCGCCUGCGUAUUUGAAUCUGCAAACACUGCACAGCAGCAAAAUAUGUUUUAUUUUUUUCUAUGUGUGUCUGUUAAGAGAAUAAGUUUUUAGAUUUGAUGGUGGUUAUACAUCGAGUGUGCAAAUGGGUGGAGCGGGAGAAGGGUACUUGGUAGUAUAGAGAAAUCAGAAAUAGAGAUACCUUCUCACGUAUCAAUCAGAAAGAAUAUUUCUUUAUUUUCAGAGUCGGCAAAUUCGAAGUGGAGAAAGAUAUCUGGGCAUCUGGAGAAAUUCGCUCAACCUUCAAACGUCACGCCAAAGGAAACGUGAGCAUCACCGAAUGCGAUCCAACCGGACGAUUCAUCAUCCUGGAAAACACCAGCGGAACCGUCACCGAAAGCAUCGGUGGAUUCCAAAUCCGUCGAGUGUUGGAUGGCGUCACCGCCUUCACCUACACACUUCCCAGCCCACUCUCCAUCCAUCCACGUGGACAUUUGAAGAUCUACGGAAAAUCGGCCGGUGGAAUUCACUCGCCACCCGAGACUAUUGUGAUGGAGAGUCAUCCAAGUUGGGGACACGGACAUCGUGUUGAGACAACUUUGUACAAUUUGCAAGGAGCUGAAAAGGCAUCACAUAUUCAAACUAAUGAAAGUCAUUAG